AUGGUUUCUUUCUUCGGCAAGCUUAAUGCGAAAAGAGACAGUAGAGAUGGAUCUAUGUCCAAAGAAUUACUAUCACAUUCUGUAGCCCACACGAGAAACACGGUAUCCAAAUCAGGAAGGCGCAUGUCGGAACGGUCUUUAGCCGCUAGGGUAAAGGACGGAGGUUGUCCAAAUAGCAAGGGCAAACGGAUCUCUCAGGCAUGCGUAACGGAAGAAGAAACUAAAUCUUGCUUAUCUUCACUCGAUUGCCUCUGUUGUGGUAUCCCGCUACGGUUCCCAGACUCCAUAAAAAAAUUUCGAUGCAGUGCAUGCCAAGUAACCGUUAUUAUAAAGGAGCCAACGAUUAGCAGUAAUCUGGAAUCCAGUACACAUAUUUCGUGCACCUUAGAGGGCUUACAGAUGGUGGUAGGAAGGUGCCAUGAUGAUUUACAACGACUCAAGAAAAUUGGGAUUCUAGAUAAAGAAAGAAAGGGGUUGAUUUUCCAGCCGGUAAUAACCUAUUUACUGGAUAGAUUUCAUGAUAUCAGCGUUUUAAAUAGGUCGUUUUUGGUGCACGAUGCCGAAAGAAAUGUAAAGAUGAUAAACUACGAGGCUUUACAAAACUUUUACUGUAUAUUAUUCACUCUGCCUACAAGGAAACCGUAUUAUAGUAUGCUGUGUUGCUGUAACGAUCUAUUGAAAAGGAUAACGGUUAAUAAGGGAGAAAAAUUGCAAAUAUCGCAGUAUCGUUGGUUGCUGAUUAUAUUAAAUAUACCCACAAUACGAAGCUGCCUUAUUAGAGAUCGGAAGAGCAAAAAUGCGUUUGAAACCCAGCAGAUAAGGGCGGUGUCUUAUGAGUUGGUCAAACGGUGUAUCGGCUACUUGUCUAAUCUAUCGACAAAAACCUCCCAACAGUUGAUUCAAUCAUUACGGCGAACCCCUACGGAUAAUUUCUCAUAUCAGGUAGAGAUUUUAAAUUUAUAUAUCAAUUUCCAAUUUUCCAGACUACUGUCGAACGAAUUAUCAAAUAGAACCGCCAACAAUAACGUAAAGCCUGAAGAUGAGAUGCGAUCUCGUCUUCGUCGGCAUCAUACUACCGGCCAUGAAUUCCUGAGUACUAGACCCAUAAGUGCACUAUCAGAUGAAAAAAAGGAAAGUGAUAUCACGCAUCCCGCCAAUAAUAAGAUAAAGUUUAAAAUUUUUCAAUAUGAGGAAGAUUGGCAUAUUUGCUCUGCGGCAAAAUUGAUGUUCAUCUAUUAUAUGGCUAAUACGAGGAGAAAUGGCCAUAGAGCUUUGUCGAUACAAAGUUUUUACAAUAUAACACUAGACUUCAUCGACUAUAGACAGGAUUUUGAUCAUUGGAGAGGAGUAGCUCAAAAGACAAAAAUGAAUCAACUGAUCGAAGAGUGGGGAAAUUCGAGGACAAAAAAAGGGUUUUCCUUUUGUAAGUAUCCAUUUAUAUUGUCACUCGGCAUUAAAAUUUCUAUUAUGGAAUAUGAAAUUCGUAGAAUCAUGGAGCAUGAAGCUGAACAAGCUUUUCUAAUCUCCCUAGAUAAAGGCAGAUCAGUAGACGUUUAUUUCAAAAUUAAGGUACGGCGUGACGUUAUCUCUCAUGAUUCAUUGAGAUGUAUUAAGGAGCAUCAAGGCGAUUUAUUGAAAUCGCUAAGAAUAGAGUUUGUUAAUGAGCCUGGAAUUGACGCGGGAGGGUUGAGAAAAGAAUGGUUUUUCCUGUUAACAAAAUCAUUAUUUAAUCCAAUGAAUGGUUUAUUCAUUUAUAUAAAGGAAAGCUCACGUUCAUGGUUUGCCAUUGACCCUCCAAAUUUUGACAAAUCCAAAAAAAAAAACUCUCAACUAGAAUUAUAUUACUUGUUCGGAGUUGUUAUGGCGUUAGCAAUUUUCAACAGCACCAUAUUAGAUUUACAAUUUCCAAAGGCACUUUACAAAAAAUUAUGCUCAGAGUCUCUGAGUUUUGAAGAUUAUUCAGAGUUGUUUCCAGAGACAAGUAGAAACUUGAUCAAAAUGCUCAAUUAUACAAAGGAUGAUUUCGAAGAUGUCUUUUCUUUAACUUUCGAGACUACGUAUCGAAAUAACAACUGGAUUUUAAAUGAUAGUAAAUCGAGCAAAGAAUACGUAACGGUGGAAUUAUGUGAAAAUGGCAAAAACCUCCCAAUAACCCAAAGCAACAAGCAUGAUUUUGUCACGAAAUGGGUAGAAUUCUAUCUAGAAAAGUCCAUUGAGCCACAAUAUAAUAAAUUUGUUUCAGGUUUCAAAAGAGUCUUCGCGGAAUGCAAUUCUAUAAAAUUAUUUAAUUCUGAAGAGCUGGAAAGAUUAGUAUGCGGUGAUGAAGAACAGACUAAAUUUGAUUUUAAAUCUUUAAGGUCUGUGACGAAGUAUGUAGGUGGGUUUUCUGAUGAUUCUAAAGUGGUUCGUUGGUUUUGGGAAAUCAUUGAAAGUUGGGACUAUACAUUGCAGAAAAAACUGUUACAAUUUAUAACGGCAUCUGAUCGUAUACCAGCAACAGGUAUUUCUACCAUCCCAUUUAAAAUCAGCCUGCUAGGGUCUCAUGACAGUGAUGAUUUGCCAUUGGCUCAUACGUGCUUCAAUGAAAUAUGUUUAUGGAGUUAUUCCUCGAAAAAAAAACUGGAACUGAAAUUGCUUUGGGCAAUUAAUGAAUCUGAAGGUUAUGGAUUCCGCUAA